UGAUGCCCACAGCCGCAGUUGCGCCCAAGGUAACUGGCGGAGCUGGGUCGCAUAAGGCGAUCGACGGCCUGUUGGUAGCGCUGGAUGCUGUGGCGGCGGCACCGCAAGGACACUUGUUGUUGAGCGCACGCUUCAACAAUGAUGAGAUUAUUGCGUAUAUGAGGGCAGUGAAGAAGCAGCUGGAAGCUCGAAACAUACCGGUUUUCGUGGUUGAAGCAACCGUCGGCCAAAGUUUUGCUGACCUGACGCGGAUAGGAUUGCUCCGUGCCAAAGGCAUGGUAGCAUUCUGCACCUCGGAAUAUGGUGCAUACACUGGUGUAGGAUAUGAAACUUUCCAUGAGCUUGAAUUUGCUCAUGACCACCAGUUGCCCUUGUUUCCGAUUAGGCUCUGUGAUGAGUGGCCACCAGCGCCGCAGAACAACGAACGAGGCAUCUAUCAGAAUCAAUUCGUGUUCAAAAAUAGCCUGAUGUACAUAGAUGAUCGGCAGAUGACUCGGGCCCAAUGGGUUGCUGAUCAGAUUGCUGAAGCUGUCGCAUUCAUGGGCAUUUUCGGACCAAAACCACGAGCUACUUGGCUGCACAGAACUUUUUGA